UUCCCGCCAUAACCCUUGGACCCAUUCUUGAGGUUAUUCAGUGAUCUCAAAGAGAAAACAACAUCUCAUCCUUAUUAUUUGAUAGAAAUUAAAAUGCAGAUUCAGGUUAAAUGCAGUUGCGGAGAGGAGAAAUGUCCGGAAUGGGCAAUUCUAGAGCUUCAAGGUGUUGUUGAAGCCCAACCCUCCUUCAAAGAUCGACUCCAAAAUCUUCGAAUUGGCACUCUCUGCCGUCCCACAUCCCAGGAAAAUUAUACAUUGACUGUUGGAUAUCAUGAGUUGACCGGAACCAAGGUGCCCUUGAAAAAACCAAUGUUAGUAUUGAAGAAAAUCAAACUUUCCACUGAAGAAGAGAAGGGUGACAUCAAUUCAACAAAGGUGGAGUUGGACGUUAUUGGAGUAAUUCGUCAAAGGGUUCUUUUUAAAACCAGACCUAAGGCACUCAUAUCAAAGCCUCAACCUACCGAGAAGGAAAAAGUCAGUGCUGCUGUGUCCAAUUGAAUCGUACUGUGCAUGUAAUUUUGUUGGAAGUUCAAAGAUGGAGAUUUAAAUUCCUCUAUUCUUCUAGGUGAAGGGUUGAUUGCUAUUGUUGCGAAAUGACUGCAUUAUAUAUCACCUUGUAAUUUUCUUGAUUGGCUGAAAUUGUAUGUGACCUGGAACUCUUAUACA